CUUCACAUAUUUUUAUAGAAUAAAUAGGUCUUAGAUCUAGAAUAUUCUAGAAUACUAUCCUACUAUAGACUCUAGAUCUAAAAGACUAAAUAAAAAUGAUGAACGCUGCUCAGUACACUCCUGGUGGAGUGGAGAAUUUGUAUGUGUCACAGGUUCCAAUUCCUGAACCUGGGGAAAUGGAAGUACGUGUACAAGUUUAUGCUACUGCUAUAAACCGAGCAGAUACACUUCAAAGAAUGGGACAUUAUGACCCCCCAGAAGGAGCUAGUACCAUAUUAGGUCUGGAGGCUGCAGGUGUUAUAGAUAAAUUAGGACCAGGCUGUCCCACUAAUUUAAGUAAAGGCCUCAGGGUUAUGGCUCUUCUAACUGGUGGAGGGAAUGCUGAAUAUGUCAUUUGCAGACAUGAAUUUCUUAUCCCAAUACCUGAAAAUUUAGACUUCAUUAAAGCUGCAGCAAUUCCAGAAGUGUGGCUUACAGCUUUUCAGCUGCUCUACUUGAUUGGAAAGUUAAACAAGGAUGAUGUUGUGCUAAUACAUGCUGGUGGAAGUGGAGUGGGCACAGCAGCUAUUCAGUUGGUGAAAGGAGCAGGAGCUGUCGCCAUUGCAACUGCUGGAAAUGAUAAAAAAAUUGAGUAUGCCACAUUUCUAGGGGCUGAUGCAGCUAUCAAUUAUAAAACUGAAAAAAUUGCUGAGAAAGUUCUUCAUCAUACCAAUAACAAAGGAGUAACUUUGAUAUUAGACUGUGUUGGCUCUUCAAUGUUUGAAGAUAAUCUCAAAAGUAUCAGAUUGGAUGGCAGAUGGGUAGUCUAUGGAUUUUUAGGUGGCUCACAAGUAGAUACUGAUCUUAGAAAACUUCUAGCUAAACGAAUAACUAUGACUUUUACAACAUUGAGAUCUCGGUCUGUUAAUUAUAAAGAAAAUUUGAUACAAGAAUUCAUGCAAAAAGCUAUUCCUUUGUUUCAAAAUGGUACCUUCAAGCCUGUUAUAGAGCAAGUUUUUCCAUUAAGUGACAUUGCUAAAGCACAUAGUAUGAUAGAGUCCAACCAGAAUCUUGGAAAGAUUAUUUUGGAGGUUAAAAAAGAAUGACUUUUGAACCUAGGGGAAAUUAAUGGUGAUUGACACUCUGAGAGUAUUAUAAUUAAUACUGGUACAAUAUUACAGAAUUUCAUUUGAAGUAAAAAAAAAAAACAACAUCAAUAAAAAAAUUUAUAAAAUAAAUCUUUCAAAUCAAGUAUAAUAUCUAGUAUUUGUUCUAAUGAAAUUGAUUCCAACUAUCUUUUUAAUAACCAGAAUUAUGAGUAUUCUUGUCUGAAUGCACUUUUAUAAUCUAGAUACAGAGUAUUAGAUUUGGUAUCAGAUAAUUAGUGUAUAAGCAUAGAAGGCUUUUAUUUACAUAUAUAUAAAGAGAAAAUAUUGAAAUGAUAGUUUGAACAUGCCAAAAAACAAAAUGAAUGAAAAAAAUAUAAUGUAAUUUCUAUGACAUUUAUUAUGUAAUUUCUAUCCAAAACUUUUAUCUAGAAUGCAUUUGACAAAAUUUCACUUAACUCAUAUAUUAAUAGGCUCAGACCUAAAUGCUUCUUAAGACAUGGAAAGUAUUCUCAAAUUAUCAGCAUUGGAUGCUUAAUGUGUUUCAUGAAGUGCUGUGAAAUAGUGCACAGCAACAGUUCACCAAUGUAAUUGUGUGCCCAGUGUGAAAUGAUCUUAGACAGUAGUUUACAAGGUUAUUUUGUGCCCAGUAUGAAUUUAAAUGAUCUACCUUUACUUUACAUGCACACAAAUUAUUUCCUUCAAUGGAAUUUUAACUAAAGUCCCUCAGUUUUGAAACCAAACUAACAAUGCCUUUAUGAGAUAAAUUUGUAUUAAUGAUUGAGCCCAAAAUAUUACUUAUCAGUGCAAAGAAACGAACCUUAUUUGGCAUAUGGAAUGUAAGGACCAGUGCAGUAAACGGAAAGAAAUGACACUUAUCAGCGAGACAUCGUUAGAAUCUGCGGGAUGUGAUGGACAUCAUGUGGAUGAAUACCCAUGCCCGUGAGACUUAGAAAUAUCCAUGAAGGUCGAAAAGAGGAUCCUAGAAAUAACAUACCAAAGUCGUCACCAAUAGAGAGAUCUUUUCCAGCACUGGCACUCACCCACAAAGGGAUUGAGUACCAAACAUCAUUUAAAAUUCGCAUAACAUAUCCUUAGAUGAGAGGAUGCAUGUUUACCAAAGACAGCCAUAACGUGGCUGAAAAGAGCUAAUAGGGCCGUCCAUAUAUAACAUGGUGUCGCUUUUUCUUAGAAGAGCUAAAAUCCAAAUCACUAGCUGGGAAGAUGCUGUGGAAGUUGCUUAUGACGGAUUUUUAUGGAGAGAGCUUUCCACCUUAUAUGCUGAACGGUGUCACUAAUCAUAAUUAUGUAGUAAUAUUUGGGCUAAAAUUUGGGUGUUCAAUUGACCUCCUUUAUUUUCAUGAUUGACCAUGGGUAUCAUGAGAAUUGAGAUCCUGGUCAACAUGGGGCGUGAAUGGUAGUAAAUGAAUGUGACCUAUGUAAGUGAAUUUGAGUUAGUUGGAAAGAGGGCUAUGAGUGAGUGACUUGAUUUUAUCGAGAGAAUAGUUUUUCUUUAAGUUAUUGUAGUGAAGUUUUUUGUUGGUUUUGUUUUUUUUCUGAGAUAGGAAACUGAGUAGUGCGGUGUAGGACUAUCUAAUGAACAUUAUUGAAUUUCAUGUACAUAUAUUCAGUAGUUUAAUAAAUUAUUUAAAUAUC